GGAAGGGAGUAUUUUCAGAUUUUGUAUUAUUCUCACACAUUUUGGCGUUUAUUUAUUCCCUAUAACUGCUUGUUUAUCAUAUGUGUUUGAAGAGAAAUUACACUGCAGUGGAAUUUAGCCGGUGAGGCGUCUGAUUGGUGCAUUGAUCAGUCAGUGAGCCAAUCAGCAGCUGCAACAGCAUUUUUACUCUGGUUCAUAAACAGGUCGUUCAAAUAACAUUUUCCUGAGUAUCUACAGUCAGCGCUAGAGGUUUUAUCACUUUGCUUGUUUACAUUUGAACACUGACUUUUUAUUUGUUUUGAACUAAGCGUCAAGAAGUAAGCCUCUGUCAGGAAAGACACCAGCACGGCUGCUAAAUCACUGCAUGCCCUCAUGUCAAAGCUCUGGCGAGUUAGGCGUUAAUAAAAUUAACAAGAACAGUAACGAAAUAUCUCACUUACUUCUUGUAACUACUUUUAAGAUUUAUGAGUAGUUUUAUUAGAGGUAAGAUACCGGGAAUUACAGAAACUGUCUCACUUUGCGACAUGAUUAACUGAUCUCUUAAAACUGAAAACCGAAGAUGAGCGCUUUAGGACGGCAGGUGAUCGCGUUGUGCAUCGCUCUACCAUGGCUGCCUCUACCUGUACUCACACAGACUCAGCAAGGCAAACCAGUUAUGUGCUCAGGCACUCUAAACCAGUUCAGCGUGACAGGCAGUUCGGACCUUCAGUACCAGCACAUGAAGGAAUUGUACACAGGCUGCCAGAUUGUCAUGGGCAACCUUGAGAUCACCCACAUGGAGCACAACCGUAACUUCUCCUUCCUGCAGUCUAUUCGUGAGGUAACAGGCUACAUUCUGAUCGCUGUAAACCAGUUCAGCCGCUUGCCCCUGGAUCAGCUGCGUGUGAUUAGAGGAAUGUCCCUCUAUGAGGAACGCUUCGCUCUCGCCAUCCUCGUUAACUACCAGAAGGACGGCAUGAAUGGUCUACAGGAGCUUGGCCUCACACACCUAACAGAAAUUAUGGAAGGGGGCGUGUUGAUCAUUGAGAAUAAGUUCCUGAGCUAUACGCCACAGAUCAACUGGCUGGACAUUGUGAAGGAUAGUGGAGCUAAGAUCACCAUCAACAACAACGGACCGGAAUUGCCAUGUCACAAGUCUUGUGAUGGCUCUUGCUGGGGACCAAGAAUGGACAGCUGUCAGAACUUGACUAAGACAGUUUGUGCACCACAAUGUAACAGCCGGUGUUUCGGCCGCAGCCCUAGUGAAUGUUGCCAUAUUGAGUGUGCAGGAGGCUGUACUGGACCCCUGGAUACUGACUGUUUUGCCUGCAAAAACUUCAAUGACAGUGGUUCAUGCGUGCCUCAGUGUCCCCAGGGUCUGAUUUAUAAUAAAGUGACGUUUAAGAUGGAGCCGAACCCCAAUGCUAAAUAUCAGUAUGGCACGGUGUGCGUGGCCCAGUGCCCUGUUAAUUUUGUGGUAGAUGGCAGCUCAUGUGUUAGCAGCUGCCCUCCAGGUAAAAUGGAAGUGGAGAAGAAAGGAGUAAAGAGGUGUGAACUCUGUGGGGGACUUUGUCCUAAAGUAUGUGAAGGCACUGGUGCCCCCAACAGACAGACAGUGGACUCACAAAAUAUUGACAGCUUCAUAAACUGCACUAAAAUUAAGGGCAGCCUACACUUCCUCACUACAGGGAUUAAUGGGGACUUAUACAACAACAUCUCAGCUCUUGACCCCAAGAAGCUUAAAAUCUUCAACACUGUCCGAGAAAUCACAGACUUUCUGAGUAUUCAGUCAUGGCCUGAAGAAAUGAAAGAUCUUUCGGUCUUCUCUAAUCUGGCAACCAUACAAGGCCGGUCUCUCUACAAGGGCUACGCUCUGCUGGUGAUAAGGAUUCCCAAGCUGCAGUCGCUGGGUCUGCAGUCCCUGCGGAGGAUUAGCGAUGGCGCCAUCUACCUCACAGGCAACAGCCAGCUCUGCUACCACCAUACCAUCAACUGGACUCGGCUGUUCGGCGGUGGACCGCGGGCCCAGCGACGCCAGAAAACCCUCGACAUCAAAGAGAACCACCCUCAGGAUGAAUGCAUCCGUGAGGGCCAUGUGUGUGAUCCUUUGUGCUCAUCUGAUGGCUGUUGGGGCCCAGGUCCGGACCAAUGUCUGUCCUGCAAGAACUACAGCAGAGGAGGAACAUGUGUACCUCACUGCAACUUCCUAACUGGUGAGAGGCGAGAGUUUGCAGGGCUUAAUGGAGAGUGCAUGCGAUGUCACUCAGAGUGUGCAGUACAGGAGGGCAGACAUGCCUGCCAAGGACCGGGAGCAAAUCAGUGUGAAACAUGUGUAAAGCUGCAGGAUGGUCCACACUGUGUCUCCUCAUGCCCAGAAGGAGUUAUGGGAGAAAGAGGCUUGGUCAUCUAUAAAUUCCCUAAUGGCCAAAACAAAUGUCAGCCAUGCCAUGCCAACUGUACACAUGGGUGCACUGGACCAGGUUUGAGAAAUUGUGUUGAGUCCUCCAGGAGUAUGUCUGGGUUACCAGUGACUGCAAUUGUGCUGGGUGUCAUAGCUGCAGUGUUGGUGGGAUUCUCUGUAUUCGUUAUGACGGUUCUGUAUCGCCGCAGUCUCGCUAUACGUCGCAAGCGUGCCAUGAGGAGAUACCUUGAGAGUGGAGAGAGUUUCGAGCCACUGGAUCCAGGAGAAAAAGGGACAAAAGUUCAUGCUCGUAUCCUAAGCGGAUCUGAAUUACGCAAGAUCAAACUUCUGGGCUCUGGCGUAUUUGGCACUGUUCACAAGGGUGUGUGGAUUCCAGAAGGAGACACAAUAAAGAUUCCAGUGGCUAUUAAGACUAUUCAGGACCGCACUGGACAACAGACUUUCCAUGAAGUUACAGAUCACAUGCUAGCAAUGGGGAGUUUGGACCACCCCUACAUCGUGAGGCUGUUAGGUGUCUGUCCAGGUGCUUGUUUGCAGCUGGUCACCCAACUCAGCACACAGGGGUCCUUACUGGAACAUAUCAGGCAGCAUAGAGGCAGCCUAAAUCCACAGAGACUGCUAAACUGGUGUGUGCAGAUUGCCAAGGGCAUGUAUUAUCUUGAAGAACAGAGCAUAGUCCACAGGAAUUUAGCUGCUCGGAACAUCCUGCUAAAGAGUGAUUUUAUGGUGCAAAUCGCUGACUAUGGAAUUGCUGAUCUGCUCUAUCCAGACGACAAGAAAUUUUUCUAUAAUGAAGUCAAGAAACCAAUCAAGUGGAUGGCCCUUGAGAGUAUUUUGUUCCGCAGAUACACACAUCAAAGUGAUGUGUGGAGCUAUGGUGUGACUGUCUGGGAGAUGAUGACAUAUGGAGCGGAGCCUUAUGCUGCAAUGAGACCACAGGAAGUUCCUGACCUGCUGGAGAAGGGCGAGCGUCUCUCUCAGCCUCAGAUCUGCACAAUAGAUGUUUACAUGGUCAUGGUCAAAUGCUGGAUGAUUGAUGAAAAUGUUCGGCCAACCUUCAAAGAGCUGGCCAAUGAGUUCACCCGUAUGGCUAGAGACCCACCUCGCUACCUUGUCAUCAAAGGGGAGAGCACAGCACCUGCACCUGCCCCUGCCCCUGCUGAGCUACGUGGGACUGAAAUGGUCAUUCUGGGGGUGGGGCUGGAGGACCAAGAAGAUGAAGCACUGGAAGAUGGCAUGACCACACCUCCAGUGUACCUCACUCCAUCAAGAAGUCUCUCUAGAUUGCGUGGAGACACUCAGAGGACAUCUCUGACCCCAUCCUGUCUUGCUGGUUAUUUGCCAAUGACGCCAAGUGUGGAGGGCUCUGUGCAGACUGUAUGGCCGCCACGCUCACGUCUCAACUCCACCCGCACUAUCUCUGAGAGCUCUGAGGGGCGUGGCACUGUGUUGGAACUGGAGAUGAAUGAAGACUUUGCAGCAGGCAGCAGUCAGAGGGGGGCGCGGCCACGAGAGGACAGUGCCUACCUGUCUCAGAGAGACAGCCUAUCAGGCCCUCCAGACACACCCAUCCCUGAUACUCCCUCUCCAUGCACAGAAGGAGAGGAAGACCAAAAUGGAUAUGUGUUGCCGGGACUAAGUGAUAGUCCAGAGAGAGACACAAUGCUUUCCACAUCUCCCCGUGUCACACUGUCGCAUGGGAGGUUAUCUAAGGGUCAUUCCCUAGAACUGCUAGAGGAAAAUAGUAGUGCUGAAGAGGAAUAUGAGUAUAUGAACAACCAGAACCUUCCCCUCAGAUACAUGAACCAAGGCUGCAGUUCCACCUCCCAUCCUGUGUUGAGACACAGUUUUCCAGGUUCCAGACAUCCAAAUGAAAGAUUGUCCAUGGAGGGCUCAGAAAGCAGUGGAUGGGUAUCGCAAUCCUCUCUGAACGAGAGAAUCCGUACUGAGGCAGAAUUUCUAUCCAGCGAGCCAGAGUAUGCUGAGGCUGACCAGGAUCAAGAGCUCCUCUACGAGUACAUGGACAUUCGCAGUGGGCCUGGGGCAGCAGCCCCCCUCACACCACCCAGAGUUCACCUCCCAAAGACAGACACCCAAGUUCCUCCCCCAAAAUCCUCAGUUGAAGAUGAGGACAGAGAGGAGGACUAUCAGUACACAAACCACCAACCCAGGCUGAGGCGCUCACUAAUGGUGCAGAGCUUGAAUGGUGGGGAGGAAGAGAUGUAUGAAUAUGAAGAGAUGGACUCGUUGGCAGUACAGGGGAGCUCAGUGGUAUACCAGAACCUCCAGGUGGAAGGGGAACAGGAGAUGGCUAAGACCCAGGAAGGUGAUCGGUCUUGGGGUCAGCCCAGCCUAGGAAUGGGGCCAUAUGUUAAAGUAUAUGCAGGAAUGGGCAUGGACAGGGAAGGGAGCGACAGGUCUUUUGACAAUCCUGACUACUGGCACAGCCGAUUGUACUCUAAAGCAAAUGCAGUGCGUACAUAGGAUGGGUAGAGUGAGAGUGUGAGUGGGUGAGAAUUGAAGAGUGAAUGGAAUAAAAAAGUGAAUGUGUUUUUUAAGUGCGUGAGAAACUGAGCCUAAAAGAGGAAAUAAGAAUAGCUACAUAAGGUGAGGGAAUGGAUAAAUAAAUCGAGACCUAACUGAAAAUUAUUAGCACUGAUUAAGCACAAUAGCAAUCAGUGAAGCAUUACAUAUCACCUUGGCUAAAGCAGCCUUGGUAAAAAAAAUAAAAAAAUAAUAAUAAAAAAAUAAAAAUAAAUAAAAAAACAUGCCUCACUAAAACACACACACAUACACACACACACACACACACACUUAAAACAUAGUGAAGGAUGCCAGUACCAGAUAAUGAGCUAUUGCAGGUAAUGCAUUGAGGCAUACAAACACGUAUGCCAGUGAAUAUUUCAUGUCCCCAGGACACAAAUGAGACUAUUUUUUAAAGAUAUAUAAGCAAAACAGGGCUUUCCGUUUGUCAGUGUGUUUAUGAAUCAGUAUGUCUGUUACAGGUGCCUUCAACAUUAUAGCAUGGCAGCUUGCAAUCUAUCCAACUGUACCAACAUUGUCAAUGAAUCAGGGAUAUUUGCUUUUUAACACUAUUUUUGUAUACAUUUUAUAUAUAUAUAAAUGUUUUCUGGUCAUAUCCAGAAAAUUUGUCUGCAACACAAAAGGAUAUUUCUUUAUUUGCUUGAAUUGUUUCAUGUAUUUGUGUAAAUAUGUCUAUAUAAAGAAGGAAUUUUGUACUGGGGUCAUAUUAAAAAAGACCAGUUAACAAUCUUUACACUUUUGUGUGACUCAAACAAGUUUAUUUCCUUGUUUCUGUAUAUUUGUAUAGGUUAUAUUCUGUGUAUUUUGGUAAAGCCUAAGUCUGUUUUUAUAUAUGUUUUGUUAGAUGUUUUAAAUUUAAAUGUUAAACGUAAUAAAUGGACAGGUUUACAAUUGAAUUUGAAGGUGAAUUAUAAAUCUCUAUAAUAUUAAUUUCAUUCAUAAAAAAAACACUGAACA